ACUGUUGUUGUACCGGAAGUGAAGCGUGUUGUCGGUAGCGCAACGAUGGCGAGCGCUACAGCAAAACAACCCGCGAGAACUGCAAGCAAAGCCCCGUCCGGAGGGACCGGCGGGGCCGCAGGUGGAGCUCCGGCAAUGCCGCUCGCGUCUCCGCUCAUGGGCGGCUUGAAUAAGAAGAAGAAGCCGUUCCUCGGGGUGCCUGCGCCGCUGGGUUACGUGCCCGGUCUGGGAAGAGGUGCUACAGGUUUCACCACGCGAUCUGAUAUUGGUCCCGCUCGUGAUGCCAAUGACCCAGUGGACGAUCGGCACGCACCCCCUGGGAAGAGGACGGUGGGCGAUCAGAUGAAGAAAAACCAAGAAGAUGAUGACGAGGAUCUGAAUGACACUAACUAUGAUGAGUUCAACGGCUAUGCAGGCAGUCUGUUCUCCAGUGGGCCGUAUGAGAAAGACGAUGAGGAGGCCGACGCCAUUUACGCCGCACUGGAUAAGCGCAUGGAUGAGAGACGCAAAGAAAGAAGGGAGCUGCGAGAGAAAGAGGAGAUCGAGAAAUAUCGUAUGGAGAGGCCCAAAAUUCAGCAGCAAUUCUCAGACCUGAAGAGGAAGCUGGCUGAGGUCACAGAGGAUGAAUGGUUGAGUAUUCCUGAGGUUGGUGAUGCCAGGAACAAACGUCAGAGGAAUCCCCGCCAUGAGAAGCUCACACCUGUGCCAGACAGCUUCUUUGCCAAGCACCUCCAGACUGGAGAAAACCACACCUCUGUUGACCCACUGCAGGGGCAAUUUAGUGGGCUAGCGACACCCUUUCCAGGGGGCUUGAACACACCCUACCCAGGAGGCAUGACGCCUGAAGCUGGAGAGCUGGACAUGAGGAAGAUCGGACAGGCCAGGAACACUCUGAUGGACAUGAGGCUCAGUCAGGUGUCUGACUCUGUUAGUGGACAGACAGUUGUUGAUCCUAAAGGCUAUCUCACCGAUCUCAACUCCAUGAUCCCCACACAUGGAGGAGACAUCAGUGAUAUUAAGAAGGCCCGUCUCCUCUUGAAGUCAGUGAGAGAAACAAACCCUCAUCACCCGCCCGCCUGGAUCGCUUCUGCUCGUCUGGAAGAGGUGACCGGGAAGCUGCAGGUGGCCAGAAACCUGAUCAUGAAAGGCACCGAGAUGUGUCCCAAGAGCGAGGAUGUUUGGCUAGAAGCCGCCCGGCUGCAGCCUGGAGACACGGCGAAGGCAGUAGUUGCCCAGGCGGUGCGUCACCUCCCUCAGUCUGUGCGCAUCUAUAUCAGAGCCGCGGAGCUAGAGACGGACAUCAGGGCCAAGAAACGAGUGCUCAGGAAAGCUCUGGAGAAUGUGUCGAAGUCAGUGCGUUUGUGGAAGAUAGCUGUUGAGCUGGAGGAGCCAGAGGACGCUAGGAUUAUGUUGAGCAGAGCAGUCGAGUGCUGUCCUACCAGUGUUGAGCUCUGGCUGGCUCUGGCCCGAUUAGAAACCUAUGAGAAUGCUCGUCGUGUUCUGAACAAGGCCCGUGAAAACAUUCCCACUGACCGCCAUAUCUGGAUCACAGCUGCCAAGCUGGAGGAGGCCAACGGCAACACACAGAUGGUGGAGAAGAUCAUCGACAGAGCCAUCACCUCCCUGAGGGCCAACGGCGUAGAGAUAAAUCGCGAACAAUGGAUUCAGGAUGCAGAGGAGUGUGAUAAGGCUGGCAGCGUGGCCACUUGUCAGGCUGUGAUCAGAGCUGUGAUUGGGAUUGGCAUUGAAGAGGAGGACUGCAAACACACAUGGAUGGAGGACGCAGACAGUUGUGUGGCUCAUGGAGCUCUGGAGUGUGCGCGGGCCAUCUACGCUCAUGCGCUCCAGGUCUUCCCCAGCAAGAAGAGCGUCUGGCUGAGGGCCGCUUACUUUGAGAAGAACCACGGUACCCGAGAGUCGUUGGAGGCUCUGUUACAGAGGGCUGUAGCUCACUGUCCAAAGGCUGAGGUGUUAUGGCUAAUGGGUGCUAAAUCGAAAUGGUUGGCGGGAGACGUUCCUGCAGCCAGAAGUAUCCUGGCUUUGGCUUUCCAGGCUAACCCCAACAGUGAGGAGAUCUGGCUGGCUGCCGUGAAGCUAGAAUCGGAGAAUAACGAGUACGAGAGAGCGCGCAGGCUGCUGGCCAAGGCCCGUAGCAGCGCCCCCACUGCCAGGGUGUUUAUGAAGUCGGUGAGGCUGGAGUGGGUGCUGGGGAAUAUUGAAGCGGCACAGGAGCUUUGUACGGAGGCCCUGAAGCACUAUGAGGAUUUCCCCAAGCUUUGGAUGAUGAGAGGACAGAUCGAGGAGCAGUCAGAGAACAUCGAUAAAGCACGAGAGGCCUACAACCAGGGACUGAAGAAGUGCCCUCAUUCCAUGUCAUUAUGGCUCCUUCUGUCUCAGCUGGAAGAGAGAGUCGGCCAGCUCACGCGUGCUCGAGCCAUCUUAGAGAAAGCUCGCCUCAAGAAUCCACAAACCCCUGAGAUUUGGCUGGAGUCUGUCCGACUUGAAUACAGAGCGGGAUUGAAAAACAUCGCCAACACACUCAUGGCCAAAGCCCUUCAGGAGUGUCCUAACUCUGGUAUCCUGUGGGCUGAAGCCGUGUUCCUGGAGGCCAGACCUCAGCGCAAGACCAAGAGUGUUGACGCUCUGAAAAAGUGUGAACAUGAUCCUCAUGUACUUCUAGCUGUGGCCAAAUUGUUUUGGAGCGAGAGAAAGAUAACAAAGGCGAGAGAGUGGUUCCUGCGGACGGUAAAGAUCGAACCAGACUUGGGCGACGCCUGGGCAUUCUUCUACAAGUUUGAGCUUCAGCACGGGACGGAAGAGCAACAGCUGGAGGUGAAGAAGCGCUGUGAGAACGCAGAGCCACGGCACGGUGAGCUGUGGUGCGCUGAAUCCAAACACGUUCUCAACUGGCAGAAGAACAUCGGAGAGAUCCUGGUCCUCGUGGCUUCGAAGAUCAAAAACACCUUCUGAACUGUGGGACUAAUGGCAGAUUCGCAAAUCUUUUUUUUUUUUUUUUUUUUGGCUUUUUUCCACUAUGGAUUGGUGUGUUUUUCGUGUGUUUGUUCCUCUGGAACAGGGCUGUUUUCAUUACACAUGCUGUUAUGUUCAGGGUGGUCUAAAGUAUAGUCACACCCAGAGAUAUGAGUCCAUUUUGAACAUUAAUUGCCAGAAUUAUCUCUUACUCUGCUUCUCAUGCUAAUGUGUAAAUGUGCUGCUUAUCAGAAAAUAAAUGUUUUAGAUGUCAGUGCUAAUGUGAUAAUUACAGUGUUGGUGAUUUUGGUAUUUCUCAGUCAUCCUAGUUCUAUGUUGGCUUGUUAAAUUCUGCAUGCUAUUAUUGUGCUGAUUUAUGUUUGUUUGUUUUUUUUCUUUUCUUUUUAAAUAAUCUAUCUCUAACCCCUUUCUAACUGCAAAUUCUCCUUCAGCCUGUUCUGAAUAUAAUUUUUUAGCUGGUUGCAUCAGAAAUGCAGA